AUGGGCGUAACCCUCGUGUCCAUAAGCCGCCUUACCGCAGCCAGCUACGCCGCGCUAUUUCGUGAAAACUCUUGCAAGAUUUUCAAUGAAAAGAAAAAGCUAAUGGGGGAGAUCGCGGUCAGUAGAGGAUUGUACUGUAUAAAAGGGUCAAAAGGAAGCUUUGCGGGAGUGGCAGGUGUGAAAGAGACACUGACCAUGCGUGAAAUACACGCGCGUUUAGGGCAUAUGGCCCCCAGCACAAUCGCGCAGAUGAUUCGCGAUGGCGCGAUCACUGGCAUCGUCCUUGACUCGUCCGAAGCAACAAUGGAGAGCUGUGAAUCGUGUGAGUACGUGAAGGCUACGCGCAAGCCGAUAGGAAAGGUGCGAGACCCACCUAGACGUGAGAGCUUCGGGGACGAGGUCCACAGCGACCUCUGGGGCCCUUCACCUGUCAAAACUCCCGGUCAGAAGGAGUACUUCAUGUCGUUCACGGAUGAC